AGCGUGCACACAAUGUCUGCGCUCCUCCACCGCUGGCUGAGGCCCGAUGUGCUCACCAAGAAGCAGAUCUUGGAGCAGCAUGGCGGACUUGGGUCUUUGUCUUCUGAGGAUCAUGAUUUUGACCCCAUGGCUGAGAUGUUGGUCCAUGACUAUGAUGACGAAAGAACUCCUGAAGAAGAGGAGAUGAUGGAUGAGGGUAAAAACUUCAGCUCUGAAAUUAAAGACUUAGAGAAGGAAGGAAGCAUGCCUCUGGAAGACCUGCUGGCCUUCUGCGGCUCUGAGCCCGUGCUGCCCGCCGCAGGGGAGCCCAGUGCCCACAGCUCCCCAAGGGAACUUGCCGACCAGCUGCCAGACAUGACUCUGGACAAGGAGGAAAUAGCAAAAGACCUGCUGUCAGGUAGCGAGGAGGAGGCGCCUUGUUCUGCAGACGACCUGGUGCCGUCGCUGACUUUCCACGAGGCUUCCGACUUCUUCCCGAGGCCAUUACACUCAAAUGCUACUUGUGAAGAAGAUAAAGAACCAGAGAUUGAAGAUGUUGAAACAGACAGUGGUAACUCCCCUGAAGAUGUGAGGAAGGAAGUAAGGAUCGGUUUACAAUAUCAGGCCGAGAUCCCCCCUUACCUUGGAGAGUAUGAUGAUGAUGAUGAUGAUGAUGAUGAAGCGUCUGAAGAAGGAGGCCAGCUCCUCUGGCGUCCCGGGGUGGUUGCGGAGAGCACAGUGAAGGAGUACCUUGUCGAGGCCGCACUCAGAACUGGGAAGGAGAAAAGGGUGGCCGGGGUUUCGGCCGGAGCGCUCACCAGGGACGAUGAGCGGGCAUCACAGGAGCUGCUCAGGUGCGACCAUCACGUCCAGGAGGCGCUGGAGAGGCACUGCCGCGGCGGAAAGGCAGCUCAGGAGGGCAUGGCUGCGUGGACAGAAGAAGAAAUCCAGGGCUUUGAGCAUGCGCUCAUGGUCUUUGGAAAAGACUUUCACCGUGUACAGAAGCACUGGGUGAAGACCAGAACGGUGGCGCAGUGCGUGGCGUUCUACUACCUGCGGAAGAUGGGGAAGAGGUCCGGGCGCUAGGACUGCUUCGCGCAGCAGACCCGGUUCGGGAAGAAUCGGUACCACCACCGCCCCAGACUGACGGACUACACGGACCGCCUGGCGGAUGAGACAGACGCUCUGGGGGGACAGUCAGUUCUCCCGGCUUAACCGCCUCCCGCCCGGACCCUGUUCCCUAUUGGCCCCAUACUCUGUCAGUCUUGCUGGUUGUUUCAAUAAAUAUUUCACGAUCCAACCCUUA